AGCUAUGGCGUCACCAUCCUGCCAUAGCCAUAGCUAAAGCUACAGCUGUGGUGUUAGUGACACUCAGUAUUGGCUGUGGUGACGCCAUGGCUAUGGCGUCACCAUCCUGCCAUAGCCAUAGCUAAAGCUACAGCUAUGGUGUUAGUGACACUCAGUAUUAGCUAUUGUGACGCCAUGGCUAUGGCGUCACCAUCCUGCCCUAGCCAGAUGACGAUUGGAAGUUACAUGAACGCACAGGAGCCUCAGGAGGGCGAUGAGGGUUCGGAGAGAAGCUCGAAGCAACCCAUAUGCCUAAGUCAGAAGGAGAAGAGGGAGAAAAGGGAGAAGAGGGAGAAGAGGGAAAAGAGGGAGAAGAGGGAGAAGAGCGAGAAGAGGGAGAAGAGGAGGGAGAAGAGGAGGGAGAAGAGGGAGAAGAGGGAGAAGAGGGAGAAGAGGGAGAAGAGGGAGAAAAGGAGGAGGAGAAAACGAUCUAACAAAGUCGGGAUCGCAAUAGCAAUUGACAAAGGUUUGGCGAAGAGGUCGAAGCAACCCAUAUGCCUAAAGCCAGAAGGAGAAGAGGGAGAAGAGGGAGAAGAGGAAGGUAGAAGAAAGAACGGAGAAGAAGAUGGGAUCAUGACAGGAGAUCUAACAAGUAGGAUGGAGACAAAAAAAGAGCAGGACAGGUGCCACCAGAUGGGAGGAGAAAGGAGAGAAAACAGAUGAAGAGAGGGAUAUACACGAUGAUGAAAGCGCCGAAUUUGCACACCAGAAUAAAUUGUGGAAGCUCGA